AUGCUUAGGGAACUUCACCUUGAUGGCGUGAUAAUUUCAUCAAGCGAUUGGUGCUUAGCAUUAUCUUCAUCGACACCUCAUUUGAGAGUAUUAAGCUUGAGAAAUUGUAAUAUUUCAGCUGCGCUUGGUCCCCUCCUUCUAAAUCUUCAUUUUCAUUCAGUCAUUAAUCUCAAAGGGAAUAAUUUAUCCACUACAGUUCCAGAAUUCCUAGCAAAUUUUACAAAAUUGACAUCCUUGAGUCUCUCCUAUUGCAACUUGCAGGGUGCAUUUCCUAAUAAAAUCUUUAAGCUACCAACACUUGAAUAUCUUGAUUUUUCAAGCAAUCAACACCUCACUGGUAAUUUACCUGAUGAAUUCCAGCAAAAUGUUUCGUUAAGGCAAGUAUUCCUUAGCUACACAAGUUUUGCUGGUUCGCUUCCAGAUUCAAUCGUUAACCUAAGCACUUUGACCAGGCUUGACUUGUCUGCUUGCAAUUUCAGUGGAACUAUUCCAUCAACAAUAGAAGAUCUCACAGGCUAUUAUCUUUUUCUUAAUGACAAUCACUUCAGUAGAGAAGUCCAUCAAUUCCCGUAUGCAUCCUCCUCUCUUCUGGAUACAAUUGAUCUGAGUACUGACUUUCUAAAUGGAUCAAUCCCCCUAUCUUUCUUUAGAUUCGAAAAGCUUACUGUGCUCUUACUUUCUUCCAACUUGUUCAAUGGGACCUUUAACCUUGAUAUGAUCAAAGGGCUUCCUAGUCUAACCAGACUCGAUCUUUCUUACAAUAGCUUGAAAAUUGAUACCAAUAUCAGUAACUAUACCUCAAUUCCUCUUCCCCAGAUGAGGAUGCUGAUAUUGGUUUCAUGCAGGUUGCAAAAUUUUCCUGAUCUUAGAAACCAAUCACAGCUAAGCUACUUAGACCUUUCGCACAACAAGAUUAAAGGGGAGAUACCAAGCUGGAUUUGGAGAGUUAGAAAGGAAGAUCUCUUUCAUCUCAAUCUUUCUUACAAUCUCCUGGAGUCUCUAGAAAAGCCUUACUACAUACCUACCAAAAUUCAGAUCAUUGACUUGCAUUCCAACAGGAUUAAGAGCAACCUACCAAUCUCCCCAGAAUCAUUUAUGUAUGUGGACUUCCCAAUCAAUAAUUUCUACGAUCCAAUCCCACCUGAAAUUGGCGCUACUCCUUCUAGUCUUGUCUUCGUGUCGCUCGCCAAGAAUAAACUUAACGGAUCGAUACCCCAUUACCCAUGCAACCCUAUUGACUUUCAAGUUAUUGAUUUGUCAGACAAUUCCUUAAACAGUGAAAUACCUUCACGUCUAUUGCAAAAGAGUGACUAUCUCAGUAACAAUACUUUACAAGGAAAAGUUCCAAGAUCCCUGAAAAAUUGUGUGUUGCUAGAGGUCUUGAACAACGGAAACAACAAGAUUAAAGACACAUUUCCAUGCUUGUUGAAGAAAUUACACGGAAAAAUACCAACAGCCCUCGGAAGCUUGACUCAGCUUGAAUCUUUAGAUCUUUCGACGAACCAGUUAAGUGGAAGGAUUCCCAAUGAGCUUGUGAAUCCCACAUUCCUUUGUGUCAUGAACCUGUCUGUUAAUCAACUAUCAGGAAGGAUCCCAAGAGGCAAACAAUUGGACACCUUCUCAGAAGAUUCCUAUCGAGGGAACACAGGGCAGUGUUGUUUCCCUUUAAAGACAACAUGCACGGUUAUCAAAGAAGAUGAAUUGUUGCAACCUACCAGCCAUCCGAAACAUGAAAUUGACGGGGAAUAUAUAAGUUUUGCCUUGGGAUCUUGUCUAACUUUCGGCAUUGUAAUCUGGCUGCUUUUGAAUAGCCAAAGAUACAAUGAACGUGUUGCUAGAGCUCUGUUCAGAACUUUUGGUGAGCAUGUGCUAGGAAGAAGCUUUCAAGACAAAACAUUUUGUGGGAAGAAAAACAAAAGAAGGAAUGAUUAG